AUGGGCACCGGCCAAGGGAAACGACCUCCCCCGAAUCAGCAACAACAGCAAGAGCAACAGCGGGCGCACUCACCUUACCCGCCGCAGCAGCGAUACUACGCCCAACAACCACAAACUCAAUAUCAACAACAAUUCCAACCGUACCAACCGCCGCAGCAACAGCAAUACUACAACCCUCCCAGACAGCCUCAAUACGCCUCCAGGCCGACUUCUCCAAACCCGCCUCAGCGCAAGCAGACCCCUCAGCAGCAACAUCAGCAGCGGUACCCCGCCCAGCAGCAAUUCCUCGCCGAGCUAGAAGUCCCAGCCUCUGUCCCGAGACCGACCUCACCAUCGACGUCAUUGCUCAACGCUACCACAUCCGCACCGGUGCCGAGUGCCGGAACAGCUCAACAUGGCCCCGUUGCCUACGAGAUGCCCGCCGACGACAUAGUCACGGUCAAGCCUACAAACCAGAUCCAUAGGAAACCUCAUAGGAUAGCCUCUGCCUCCUCCGUUACCGCACCAUCACCAUCAACAUCGCCGCCUCCAGCAUCCCCUACCACGGCCACAGCUAUACUUAAACAAGACGACCCGGAUCAAUCAAAGGACGAAGAGAAGGCCCAGCCGCCGCCGCCACAGCCACCUCUCAUCCAGGCAAACCCAUGGGGGUUCUUUCUUGAGGAUGACCUCCCCUCUCGCAACAGUGACUCCCCCUCACCGAGCAAAGAUGACGUCUCAUCGGUCCCACCAGAGGAACAGAAGCUAUCGGUGAAGCCGUUACGCAUCGUCAAGAGCGGUUCUACCGAGGAGUCUAGUGGUCAAGGGAGCCGACCCUCGAAUAGUACCGUAGAUGAUGUGACGCCCAAGCCCUUACAGAUUGCGGCAGCAGGGCCGGCAAGGCAGGAUAGCCCUGAUACGGCCCAGCUCAAACCGGCACCACUCAAGCUCGCGCGGCCGCCGCCCCCGGCUCCAGAACGUCGUCCCUCCCGGACCCCAAGCCCGGCCAACCCCGCCGCUCCGGCCGCCAGUGUACCGCAGCUUCCGUAUCCCGCCGAAGGUCCGUCUAUUCCCACGCCGGACUCGCACCCUCAGCACCAGCCAGGAACACAAACCGGGGCCCCGCCGACGCUUCCCUUUGGCAUUCGUCCCGCUGGCUCCCCGCCACCGGUAUCCCCUUCCUUCGCGCCCUCGCGCCUCUCACCAACCCCAACGGGCGCCUCAGUACCACCGCAACAGCCGCAGCAGUCUCAACCCCAUCCUCAACCAACUCACACUCAAGCCGCCCCCGUGUCUCCCGUCUUCGUUCAGGCUGCUCUACCGCCAACUCUCCCCGUGAGCUCCUACUUCCCUCAGCAGCCCUCAUACGCCAAGCAAGAAGCCACCUCACCCAAUCUUUCGGUCCAUAGCCCAGUAGCCUCGGCACCGAGACCAUCAACAUCACAGGGAAUCCCCCAGGCUUCUCAGCACUCACCGGCCCAACCCUACGCCUCUCCUCCACCUUCAUAUACCCAAGCAAUGUCUCAAAUGAACCUGUCGAACACUUCACCAUCGCCCACACAGACACAAUGGCUCCCUCCACCGCCACCUCCCCAAGGCCUAUCACCGAACCCAACCGGUGUACCACUACCCCUGAGCCCACCGCCGACGCAGUAUCCUUGGUCUCCAAACAGUGUUGGCCCCCAAUCUGCUCCCCUCCAACAGCAGUUCACGGGCUACAACAUGCCGCCCCCUAUCCCCCAGCCGACCUACGUCAACGGUAGCCAACAGUUCCAACCGCAACCGACGCAGACACCGCCGCCACUCCCGCCUCGCAACUCCCCGCCCAUGCCGGGUACACCGCAGUCGGGCUUUGGCGCCCUCACGCCCUAUGCUGGACCUCCUCCCCCGACCCGGCCAAACUACCAGGCCCCGCCGCCGAAAUCCGAAUCGCGCCUCUUCAGCAGUGCCACGGCACGGAAGCUUCUCACCAAGACGACCGAGCUCGUAGACCAGACCAUCACGCCCUACCUUCAGGACAAUAAAUACUACCGGCCGCCCUACAACUGGUAUCAGAACCAGAACCCUCAGAAUCAAAAUCAGAACCUUCACAAUCAGAACCAGAACUACCAGAACCAAAAUCAGAAUAAUCAGUAUCCGAACCGACCGCAGACGGCAACGGGAUACCCGGCGCAGCAGCAGCAGCAGUACUACACACAGCAGCAGAGCUAUGCUCCCUCUCAGCGUGUGUAA